GAAAACAUCUUAUGGCUCCAGAGAGACUCAACCAGAGAGACUUCAAAGAGAGAAUCAACCAAAGACAGCAGUUCCCAGAGAGGACCAAGCUUCUAGAGACUAGACAGAAAACCAAGAGAGACCAGAGUUAUGGAGAUAUAUCGCUGUGACACGUGUGGGAAGAGCCUUUCCUCAUCCAGUGGCCUCAAGAGGCACAUGAUGAUCCACACGGGAGAGAAGCCCUACAGUUGUGACCUCUGUGGUAAAACCUUUAGCCGUUCUGGUACUCUCAAUAUUCACUGCAGGAUCCACACGGGAGAGAAGCCAUACAGUUGUGACCUCUGUGGUAAAACCUUUAGCCGUUCUGGUACUCUCAAUAUUCACUGCAGGAUCCACACGGGAGAGAAGCCAUACAGCUGUGACCUCUGUGGUAAAACCUUUAGCAAUGCUGGUAAUCUCAAUAUUCACUGCAGGAUCCACACUGGAGAGAAACCCUACAGUUGUGACCUUUGUGGUAAAACCUUUAGCCUUGCUAAUGCUCUUAACGUUCACCGCAGGAUCCACACUGGAGAGAAGCCCUACAGCUGUGACCUCUGUGGUAAAACCUUUAGACAGGCUUGUACUCUCAACAAACACCGCAGGAUCCACACUGGAGAGAAGCCCUACAGCUGUGACCUCUGUGGUAAAACCUUUAGCGAAGCCGGUACUCUUAACGUUCACCGCAGGAUCCACACGGGAGAGAAGCCCUACAGCUGUGACCUAUGUGGUAAAACCUUUAGCAGGGCUGGCCACUUCACAGUUCACCGCAGGAUCCACACUGGAGAGAAGCCCUACAGCUGUGACCUCUGUGGUAAAACCUUUAGCCGUUCUGAUGGGUUGAAGAAACACAGCAGGAUCCACACCGGAGAACAGCCCUACAGCUGUGACCUCUGUGGAAAAAUAUUUUGCGAAGCUGGUACUCUCAACAUUCACCGCAGGGUCCACAUAGGAGAGAAGCCCUACAGCUGUUACGUCUGUGGUAAAACCUUUAGCCUGGCUAAUACUUUCAACAUUCACGCCAGGCUCCACAAUGGUGAGAAAAAAUUGAUUUAUUAUAAGGAGAAGUUGUAUCACUGUGACACCUGUGGGAAGAGCCUUUCCUCAUCCAGUAGCCUCAAGAAGCACAUGAUGAUCCACACUGGAGAGAAGCCCUACAGCUGUGACCUCUGUGGUAAAACUUUUAGCCAGGCUGGCCAUUUAACACUUCACAACAUGAUCCACACUGGGGAAAAGCCCUUCAGCUGUGACCUCUGUAGUAAAACCUUUAGCCGGGCUAACUAUUUAAAAGUUCACCACAGGAUCCACACUGGGGAAAAGCCCUACGGCUGUGACGUCUGUGGUAAAGCCUUUAGUGAAGCUGGUAGUCGCAACAUUCACCGCAGGAUCCACACUGGAGAACGGCCCUACAGCUGUGACCUCUGUGGAAAAACAUUUCGCAAAGCUGGUACUCUCAACGAUCACCGCAGGAUCCACAUGGGAGAGAAGCCCUACAGCUGUGACCUCUGUGGUAAAACCUUUAGCCAGGCAGGCAAGUUCACAGCUCACCGCAGGAGCCACACUGGAGAGAAGCCAUACAGCUGUGAAAGCUGUGGUAAAACCUUGUCUACCUCAGAUGGGUUGAAAAACCACAGCCGGAUCCACACAGGAGAGAAGCCAUACAGCUGUGAAUGCUGUGGUAAAACCUUCUCUACCUCAGAUGGGUUGAAAAAACACAGCCGGAUCCACACAGGAGAGAAGCCCUACAGUUGUGACUUCUGCGGUGAAACCUUUCGCUAUGCUGGAACUCUCAACAUUCACUGCAGGAUCCACACUGGGGAAAAUCCUCACACCUGUGACCUCUGUGGUAAAACCUUCUCUUCCUCACGUGGGUUGAAAAUACACCGCAGGAUCCACACUGGUGAAAAGCCUCACACUUGUGAAUGCUGUGAGAAAGCUUUCUAUACCAAGGGUGAUUUGAAGAAACACAGCAGGAUCCACACAGGAGAGAAGCCCUACAGCUGUGACCUCUGUGGUCAAACCUUUAGCAAGGCUGGUACUCUCAAAGUUCAUCAAAGGAUCCACAAUGAAGAGAAGCCCUACAGCUGUGACCUCUGUGGCAAAACCUUUAGCCAGGCUAGUACUCUCAACAAUCACCGCAGGAUCCACACUGGAGAGAAGCCCUACAGCUGUGACCUCUGUGGUAAAACCUUUAGCCAGGCAGGCAAGUUCACAGCUCACCGCAGGAGCCACACUGGAGAGAAGCCAUACAGCUGUGAAUGCUGUGGUAAAACCUUGUCUACCUCAGAUGGGUUGAAAAAACACAGCCGGAUCCACACAGGAGAGAAGCCAUACAGCUGUGAAUGCUGUGGUAAAACCUUCUCUACCUCAGAUGGGUUGAAAAAACACAGCCGGAUCCACACAGGAGAGAAGCCCUACAGUUGUGACUUCUGCGGUGAAACCUUUCGCUAUGCUGGUACUCUCAACAUUCACUGCAGGAUCCACACUGGGGAAAAUCCUCACACCUGUGACCUCUGUGGUAAAACCUUCUCUUCCUCCCGUGGGUUGAAAAUACACAGCAGGAUCCACACUGGUGAAAAGCCUCACACUUGUGAAUGCUGUGAGAAAGCUUUCUAUACCAAGGGUGAUUUGAAGAAACACAGCAGGAUCCACACAGGAGAGAAGCCCUACAGCUGUGACCUCUGUGGCAAAACCUUUAGCCAGGCUAGUACUCUCAACAAUCACCGCAGGAUCCACACUGGAGAGAAGCCCUACAGCUGUGACCUCUGUGGUCAAACCUUUAGCAAGGCUGGUACUCUCAACAACCACCGCAGGAUCCACACUGGAGAGAAACCCUACAGCUGUCCAACCUGUGGGAAGAGCCUUUCCUCAUCCAGUAGCCUCAAGAAGCACAUGAUGAUCCACACUGGAGAGAAGCCCUACAUCUGUGACCUCUGUGGUAAAACCUUUAGACAGAAUUACAAUGUCACAGCUCACCGCAGGAUCCACACUAGAGAGAAGCCCUACAGCUGUGAAUGCUGUGAUAAAGCCUUCUCCACCUCAGAUGGGUUGAAGAAACACAGCAGGACCCACACAGGAGAGAAGCCCUACAGCUGUAACCUCUGUGGUAAAACCUUUAACCUGGCUAAUACUCUCAAAGUUCACCGCAGGAUCCACACUGAAGAGAAGCCCUACAGCUGUUACGUCUGUGGUAAAACCUUUAGCCAUGCUUAUACUCUUAACAUUCACUGCAGGAUCCACACUGGGGAAAAGCCCUACAGAUGUGACCUCUGUGGGAAAACCUUUCAAAGGGUUGACAGUUACAGAGAUCACUGCAGGAUCCACACUGGAGAGAAGCCCUACAGCUGUGACCUCUGUGGGAAAACCUUUAGUCAGGCUGGUAUUCUCAAAACUCACCGCAGGAUCCACACUGGGGAAAAGCCCCACAUAUGUGAAUGCUGUAAUAAAGCCUUCUCUACCUCAAGUGCUUUGAAGAAACACAGCAGCAUCCACACAGGAGAGAAGCCCUACAGCUGUGACUUGUGUGGGAAAACCUUUAGCCAGGCUGGUAAUCUUAACAUUCACCGAAGAUCCCACACUGGGGAAAAGCCCUACAACUGUGAAUGCUGUGAUAAAUCCUUCUCUGCCUCAGGUGCGUUGAAGAAUCACAGCAAAAUCCACACAAGACAGAAGACCUAUCACUGCGACACUUGUGGGAAGAGCCUUUCUUCAUCCAGUAGCCUCAAGAAGCACAGGAUGAUCCACACUGGAGAGAAACCCUACAGCUGUGACGUCUGUGGUAAAACCUUUAGCCAGGCUUGCAACUUAAGAGGUCACCAAAGGAUCCACUCUAAAGAGAAACCCUACAGCUGUGACGUCUGUGGUAAAACCUUUAAACUGGCUGGUACUCUCAACGUUCACCACAGGAUCCACACUGAAGAGAAGCCCUACAGCUGUGACGUCUGUGGUAAAACCUUUAGCCAGGCUUGCAACUUAAGAGGUCACCAAAGGAUCCACUCUAAAGAGAAACCCUACAGCUGUGACGUCUGUGGUAAAACCUUUAAACUGGCUGGUACUCUCAACGUUCACCACAGGAUCCACACUGAAGAGAAGCCCUACAGCUGUGACGUCUGUGGUAAAACCUUUAGCCAGGCUUGCAACUUAAGAGGUCACCAAAGGAUCCACUCUAAAGAGAAACCCUACAGCUGUGACGUCUGUGGUAAAACCUUUAGCCUGGCUGGUACUCUCAACAUUCACUGCAGGAUCCACACUGGGGGAAAGCCCUACAGCUGUGACCUCUGUGAUAAAACCUUUAGCCAGGCUGGCAAUUUAAGAGGUCACCGCAGGAUCCACACUGGGGAGAAGCCCUACAUCUGUGACUUCUGUGGUAAAACAUUUACACGGGUUGACAGUUUCAGAGAUCACUGCAGGAUCCAUACUGGGGAGAAGCCUUACAGCUGUGACCUCUGUGGUAAAACCUUUCGCCUGGCUAUUACUCUCAAAGUGCACCGCAGGAUCCACACUGGAGAAAAGCCUUACAUCUGUGACUUCUGUGGUAAGACCUUUAGCGGGGCUGGUACUCUCAACGUUCACCGCAGGAUCCACACUGGAGAAAAGUCCCACAGCUGUGACCUCUGUGGUAAAACCUUUAGCGAGGCUGGUACUCUCAACGUUCACCGCAGGAUCCACACAGGAGAGACGCCCUACAGCUGCCCACACUGUGACUAUUCAUCUAAAAAAAAUAGCAAUCUGAAGAGUCACCUGCGUAUCCACAAUAGAAACAACCCAAAGCAGUGA